AUGGAGUGGUCUGCAAGAUGUGCUACCAUGGCUUACCUUGAUGCCCUUCAGCUGAAUACAUUGAGCAGGAAGCAUCGCCGGAAUAAAUCAAAUAAACACACAUCAAAGAAGUGCUUCAAUGCCAUAUCAAGAAUUGGAUUGCAACAGCAGGGAAACAAUGAAUUUGUAUCAGCAUUAGCAGCUGGUAUGAAAGCAAAACUUAUAGUAGAAGUGACACAUCGAGCAUCUCCAUCAACAAUAGCCCUGGCAGCAGCUGCAAGACAAACUGGUGGAAGGUUGGUGUGUAUUCUCCCGGAACUGGUCCUUAACGAGUCUGAAGAAGUUAUUAGGAACUCGGGUCUAAAGGAACAAGUAGAAUUUAGAACUGAAGAUCCAUCAAAGAUAUUGCCAUAUUAUGAAAAUAUUGGUUUCUCUUUCGUUGAUUGCAAAGUUGAAAACUCUGCAAGGUUGCUCAACUUGCUACAUCUCAACCCUAUGAGAUCUGUAGUGGUGGCAAGCAAUUUGGUUGGGAAUACAGAAGGGUUGGGAGGCUAUGUAAAAAGAAAGGAUGAGAAAGUAGCGGUGAGAUCUCUAAAGCACCCUAUAGGUAAAAAGGUAUUUUUUGCACGAAUGAUGAAAAUGAUAAGAGGGCUGGGGUCAGAGACAAUAGUAGCAGAAAAAUCAAAAAAGGUUGUCUUUGUUGUCAAAGAGCUUAACAUGCUGCGGAUGGGAAUAAUCAAGUGCAUGCUUGGUGUUGAUUAG